AUGUCACCCAAACCCACCUUCGUCCUCGUCCCCGGCGCGUGGCACCGCCCAUCCUGCUUCGACAAGCUCAGGGACUCCCUCUCAAAGCACGGCUACCCCUCCGUAGCGGUCACGACGCCGUCGGUGGGCUCCGAACCACCGGUAACCUCGAUGGCCCCCGACGUCGACGCUGUCGAGGCGGCCGUGCGCAAGGUGCUGGACCGUGGUGACGAUGUCUACUUGCUCAUGCACUCAUAUGGAGGCGCGCCUGGGUCCGCUGCCUCGGGGAGGAUCGCCGAGAGCGGUGGUAAUUCGGGGGACGGCAAGGGGAGGAUCAAGAGGCUGUUUUAUGUUGCCGCGUGUGUGCCUAUCGAGGGCAUUCCAUUGGGCUCGCCUGCUGAGGUGAUCCCCGGGUUCGAGUUUGAAUACAUGGAUGUCAACGAGCACGGAAAUGCCGUGCUCAACGAGAAAGCACUGGUGUGGAUGUACGACGGCCUCCCGGAGGAGGAGCAGCGAAAGCAUCUCGCGGCAGCCUCCACGCAGCCCAUCGCGGCGAUCACAGACAAAGUCGCCCACGUUGGCUGGAGGUAUAUCCCAUCCACUUCCGUCUACGGCGACCAGGACUUGCCGAUUCCGCUGCGUUUUGCGGAGUUCAUGGUCAACAGGGCCCAGGCCGAGGAACCCAGGGAGGGGGGUGUCAAAGCAUUCGCGGGUGAGCUGGGAGAGUUCCACAUGGACUGUGGUCACUUUGGGAUGUUCUUGCUAGACGAUAAGGUGGAGGAAUUGGUUCAGAUUUUGGAUGCUGCGGUAAAGAAGUCGUGA